AUGGGAAAUGAAGCCAGUUACCCGGAGGAGAUAUGCUCCCGCUUCAACCCCGAUGAAAUUAAAAGGCUAGGCAAGAGGUUUAAGAAGCUGGACUUGGACUGUUCGGGCUCUCUGAGUGUGGAAGAGUUCAUGUCCGUGCCCGAGCUGCAGCAGAACCCGUUGGUGCAGCGAGUGAUCGACAUCUUCGACACCGACGGCAACGGAGAAGUGGACUUCAAGGAGUUCAUCCUGGGGGCCUCCCAGUUCAGCGUCAGGGGGGACGAGGAGCAGAAGUUGAGGUUCGCCUUCAGCAUCUACGACAUUGAUAAAGAUGGCUUCAUUUCCAACGGGGAGCUCUUCCAGGUGCUGAAGCUGAUGGUGGGCAACAACCUGAAGGACUGGCAGUUACAGCAGCUCGUGGACAAAACCAUCAUCAUCCUGGAUCAGGAUGGAGACGGGAAAAUAUCCUUCGAGGAAUUCAGCGCUGUGGUCGGAGGCCUGGAGGUCCACAAGAAGUUGGUGGUGAUUGUGUGA